CCUGCGCCACCACCCAUCCAGAUACGACAGGCCAUCGAUGAAAUCUUAGCCCUGCUUGUUCAGAUCCGCCACAAACUCACAACCAUGAUCAACUGGUAUAUCUAUCCAGAGAUUGUUCCUAGUGAGAUCAAGGCAUAUGAACCACGACUGAUUAUCCUCCAAGAACGUCUGAGAGCACUCGGAACCAUAUCAUAUGAGGAACUUGCCAAUCUGGUGGAUGGAUCUGAUGGCCUAGCCUCGCAGUAUUUGUUCCAGAUUGUGGAGCAACUUCUUAACUCGGUGACUGGAAUCGAAACAAUUUUUGCCAAUCACUAUGAUCCAGAUCUUCAUACUCGCAAGCCUUUGGGCACAGUCUGGCUAACACUAGACUACCGCGCUCAGCAAUUGAAACUUGUGGCUGGCCAGCCUAUGAUCAAUCCCCGCCGCUUGUUUCCUGAAGAUUACCGCGGCGCAAACGUGUUGGGCAAGUUGUGUCGCGGCGCGGUACAAAUGAUCAAUAACCGGGAUCGCGGCAAGAUUUCCUUCGUCGAGAAAAAGGAUCUGACAGAAGAAAACAAUCGUAAGCUGAGAGACUUUGGUGGCGCAUUCUUGUACUGGGAAUGUGCGGAUUGCGCAUAUAAAGUGCGGUAUCAUGUUAGUAACUCCAUGACUUCGAACAUCCACACGACAGAUGAGAUCCGCGACCAUUUGUCGACAGCUAUUCAGUAUCGAAGUUCAUUCCUGGCGAGAAGUCACUUGUACAUACCGCAGGCUGCCACAAACCAGAUAUCUGUGGGAAGACGUGAGAGUGGGACCAUCUCGUCAUCCACGAUGAAAUUAGGGUGUCUAUUCUGCGCAUCCAAGGGCAAAGAAUUAAAGCGUGGAACCACGGCGUUUGCGCGGCCGGAGGAUUUGGCGGAGCAUAUUGGCUCAUACCACAGGAAGCCAAUUCCUCCGAGCAUAUUGCUCCACAAGUAUCUAGUAGCGAUGGCUGGCAAGAUGGUCAAUGACCGGAUGCGAUGGGAUUUGAAUUUUCUGUGA